AUGGCCAACGGGUAUCCUCGCAACUUCAUCGAACGCGGCAGACAGGCCAGACCGGGCCGACGUUUGGUGACAGAACAACCAACAAUAUGGCGGGCGCUUCCAUACCUCGACGGCGUUUCUGAGGCCGUCUCGCGUCUCUUAAGACCGCUGAAGAUCGGCAUCGCCCACCGACCGGAGUCAACAAUUCGACAUCUGGUCCUGAGACCUAAGGCCCGUCUGCCAAUAGGUGAGACCACAAACGUCAUCUUCCGGAUCCGGUGUAACUCCUGCAAAGUCAACUACAUUGGGGAGACCGGCAAACGGCAAACGGACACACGUUCGCCUUCCAGCGUGCCGAAAUUCUGGGCCGGGGAAACGAUCGCAUAGCCAGGGAAACAAUCGAGGCUUGGCACACGGGGACAACCUCCACCAACCGCUGUGUUGCUCUUCCCGCUGCCUAUCAAGCCCUUCGAGCGCAGCUCAGUAAACAAAUGAGCAGACGUGCACCCAGGCUAAACAUUAAUCCAGACAUGAGCGAGUCCACGGCGGAUACACACCCAACCACCCCUCAACCGGGUUCCGACGAAGGCGCAGUGCUCACCACAGCCGGUCCAUCUACUAGUCCGGCGGACGAGAAAACGGACAGUCGUUGCGGCGUAAACAAGAUUGCCAGGCUUGGACGACAGCUACGCUCAAUGGAGGUACGAACGACGACCACCAACGUCUCAACGCCGGCCUCCGAUGUAGAUUGA